CUCACAGGUCUGAAGAGAAUGACUCAGGAGUUUAUUAUGUUGACUCUAAAAAAGGGUAGAGUUUUCUAUACAUCUUAUGAACUCUCAGUGUUUGACCCUGUCCCAUCUCUUGCAGUGGAAACACAGAGUGUGAGCUCUGAGAGCUGCUCCCUGCUGUGUUCGGUGGACCCAGCUGAAGAGACCACACUGUCCUGGUACAAAGACGAGAAGAUCAUGAACCAGAGCAGCCCUACUGUCUUUCUCUCUGUACUCAAGCAGGACUUCAACUCUUCAUUCAGAUGUGUGGCUUCCAACCCUGCAGAGAACAAGACUCUUCCAGUCGAUGUGACCAUGUUCUGCAGAGAAAAGAAGAGCCAAGGAUCAGAUUUGAUUCCCAUUGUAAUCUCUGUUGGCAUUGUUGUUGUUCUUGUUGGACUGGCUGCCUGCUUCAUCAAAUGCAAGUAUCUUAACCCAAAGAAGACAAUGAGUCAAGCACAAGUGGUGGACAACGAUUCAGACGUGCAGUAUACUGAUGUGAACAUAUGCAGACGUGUUCAGGGAGAGAAUUUCCCGGACUCUUCAGAGACCGUUGAUCGUCCGAAUCUGUCGACAGUCUACGAUCAGCUGGAGGCUCAUCGCAUGUUGCCUGAUCCUGCUCAGACCACCUGAGACAAUAUUAAGGGAUUUCCAUCUUUGAUCUUUAAAUGAACUAUUGGUCGUAUGUACAUUUCAUUGUUUAAUAUUUAUUGUAUUGCUUUGUUUGUAUUUACCUGCACUUUUUACUAAAUACAUUCCUGAUUCCUCUUCCA